CCCUGAUCACACGUUUAAUAUUAAAAUGUAUACUAAUCGUAAUAUUAGAAAAUUUGGUAUAAAUAAAAAUCAUAUAAAUUGAGUUCAACAAAUAAAUUUACAUUUACUAGUAAAAAGUAUACUAGGUAAAAAUAUCUAGUUUAAAAUGGGCAAGGAUAAAAUAUUACAAUCCAAUAGACCUGUGAUUGAAAGUGAAUUCAAAACAGUCGGCGCUUAUAUUUGGGAUAAAUUGCAAAAACUUGAUAGUAAUGCCGUGUGUUUGACGGAAGCCUUAAGUGGCAAACAGUUAACUAUAGGUGAACUCAAAUCACGUGCCAAUGCCGUGGCGGUAGCCCUCGUGGACAGGGGGGUCACCAAAGGGGACAGAAUUGCUUUCUACGGCCAAAACUCUAUACAACACGCCGUACUCCGGUUUGCCGUCAAAUUUUUAGGCCUAACAUUCAUGCCGUUGAGCCCCACAUUUGAGAAUUAUGAGAUGCGCCAGGAGUUCACGGCUGCCGGCGCUAACAUUAUCGUGUCGUCCGCCGCGGACUUCCAUAAGUUUCAGUGGGUUUUGAAUGACUCCCAGAAUAAUAACAUAAAUGGCGUUAAACUUGUGGUCAUUUUCGAUGGACAACACGACAAACACGUGACGUAUGACCAGUUGGUGGUGGAGGGCACCGGUCGGACACUCGCGCAGAUACCCUACUUCGAGGUGAAUCCGGAUAUCGAUAUG